AUGGAUACCACAACAAUACAUGCCAUUGGCAAGACCAAUGGGAACCAGGGCAACCAAGGAAACCAGGGCAAUCAGAGGGACCAGGGGAACCAGGGUAGCAUGAGGAACCAGGGUAACCAUGGGAACCAGGGCAACCAAGGGAACCAGGGGAACCAGGGAAAUCAGUGGAACCAAGGGAACCAGGGGAACCAGGGAGAUAAAUACUAUACAGGAGAUAUAUACCAUACAGGAGAUAAAUACCAUACAGGAGAUAAAUACCAUACAGGAGAUAAAUACCAUACAGGAGAUAAAUACCAUACAGGAGAUAAAUACCAUACAGGAGAUAAAUACCAUACAGGAGAUAAAUACCAUACAGGAGAUAAAUACCAUACAGGAGAUAAAUACCAUACAGGAGAUAAAUACCAUACAGGAGAUAAAUACCAUACAGGAGAUAAAUACCAUACAGGAGAUAAAUACCAUACAGGAGAUAAAUACCAUACAGGAGAUAAAUACCAUACAGGAGAUAAAUACCAUACAGGAGAUAAAUACCAUACAGGAGAUAAAUACCAUACAGGAGAUAAAUACCAUACAGGAGAUAAAUACCAUACAGGAGAUAAAUACCAUACAGGAGAUAAAUACCAUACAGGAGAUAAAUACCAUACAGGAGAUAAAUACCAUACAGGAGAUAAAUACCAUACAGGAGAUAAAUACCAUACAGGAGAUAAAUACCAUACAGGAGAUAAAUACCAUACAGGAGAUAAAUACCAUACAGGAGAUAAAUACCAUACAGGAGAUAAAUACCAUACAGGAGAUAAAUACCAUACAGGAGAUAAAUACCAUACAGGAGAUAAAUACCAUACAGGAGAUAAAUACCAUACAGGAGAUAAAUACCAUACAGGAGAUAAAUACCAUACAGGAGAUAAAUACCAUACAGGAGAUAAAUACCAUACAGGAGAUAAAUACCAUACAGGAAAUAAAUACUACACAAGAGAUAAAUACUAUACAGGAGAUAAAUACUAUACAGGAGAUAAAUACCUUACAGGAUAUUAA